CAACCUACCAAGGUUGGAUCAGGUUGGAUUUUGGUUAUCCAUUUCGAUCCGUUCUGAAGAAUAAUAAAAAAUAUAUGAAUCAGCUGAUAUUUAACACAGGCUUCCUCUUGUGUUUACUUAACGUUGUAGAUAAUGUGAUUCAUCAAAGAUAAAUAGUUCCGAUACAUUUUAUUACGUUGCAACUAUUAUCAGUGGAAGACAAAAUGGAAACGUCUAACAAGAGAGAGAUUUCAACUACAUUAAGGAAAAUAUUGGCAGUAGAUGCCUAUUUAACAGAUGAGUUUGUCAAAUUAGUGGAAAAAAUUUUACCUUUAAAACAACUGAAAGUGCACAACAAAUUAUUGGAGAUAUCAUGUCACGGUAUCCCAUGGCUUGCAGUAUCUCUUGUUUCAAUUUGGGUUUUUAACAUCAAAUCCUUGUAUCAAAUGCAAACGAACCUUCUAAUAGGAUUAUUGCUCGACAUCAUAACAGUUGCUGUACUCAAGGCAGUUACAAGAAGGAGACGACCAACCAUUAAUGAUGAUCCAUUCUCUUUGGGUCCUGAUAAAUAUUCUUUUCCAUCAGGACAUGCAUCUCGUUCUGCAUUUGUUGUAUAUUUCUUUAUCAAUCUAUGGCCUAUAUCAUUGAUAUACACACCACCAUUGUUGGCAUGGUCCUUUUCUGUAUGCAUGUCCAGACUACUGAUGAGAAGACAUUAUAUGUUGGAUGUGUUUGGUGGUGUACUUCUAGGUAUCUUCCAGGGUCUACUUAUAGGUUAUAUUUAUCUGGAACAAGAGACAUGUAUGUAUUUAAUUUCAUGGAUUACGGAUGAUAAAAUACCUGGGUCUGAAUAG